AUGCAGGAACUUGAUUUGAGUGAUAUGAUUGGGGGUGUUACUUUUCCAUCACUAAACUUUCAUCACGGGGAGUGUAGUACCUACGCUGAAAAUUCCCAAGAACUCAUCAAGGAUCAGGAGCCAUUGGCGGGCACCUUUGGAAUUUCUGGGCCUGAAAAUGGCCAGACUCUUGAUAUGCCUGAGCAACAUGAUAUGGGCACAGGUUCAGUGAAAGAUGAAGACAAGGGUGAGCAGAGCGAAAUUGUGAAUCUUCUCAAUUUCAAUGAUGCAUCGGAUAAUAUGGAUCUGGAUCUAUAUUUUGAUGCCGCCCAGAAUCUUCCAACGGCUGAUGAUGAAUCAUUCUUGGAAACCAAUGAUCUUACAAGUAUCUUCCACNCUGAUGUUUCGGUUCGCGCCUUGUGCUCCGCCGGCCACCUUGACCAUGCCGUUGACUUGAUCAAAGAAUUCGCCUCCAAGCACUGCCCUCCGGACACCUACACCUUCAAUUUCCUAGUCAAGCACCUCUGCAAAGCUCGCGCCUUGUCCACUGUUUACGCCUUCAUCGACGAAAUGCGCGAAAAAUUCGGUGUGAAGCCUGAUCUUGUUUCCUACACUAUCCUGAUUGACAAUGUGUGUAAUGGUAAGAACUUGAGAGAGGCAAUGAGGCUGGUGAGUGUGCUUCAUGAGGAAGGGUUUAAGCCUGAUUGCUUUGUGUAUAACACCAUUAUGAAAGGGUAUUGUGUGUUGAGCAGAGGGAGUGAGGCGAUUGAGGUUUAUAACAAGAUGAAGGAGGAAGGGGUGGAGCCUGAUCUUGUUACUUACAACACUUUGAUUUUUGGGUUGUCCAAGUCGGGGAGGGUGGUGGAGGCGAAGAAGCUGCUGCGUGUGAUGACGGAGAAGGGUUAUCUUCCUGAUGAGGUGACUUAUACUACAUUGAUGAAUGGGAUGUGUAGGAAGGGGGAGGCUCUGGCAGCGCUGGCAUUGCUUGGGGAGAUGGAGGGGAAGGGGUGCAGCCCCAAUGAAUGCACAUAUAACACACUGCUGCACGGGUUGUGCAAGGAAGGUGGUUUGAAGCUUGAUACUGCUUCCUAUGGGACAUUUGUGAGGGCACUAUGUAGGGAUGGCAAACUAUUGACACCUCACCAAAGACAACUAUAUACUACUGAAAGGGUUUCGUUUUCUUUCUUAUAUUGGUCGUAA